AGCUUGAAACCAAAACGCAGUGUUUGAAUUAAUUGAAAUUGCUAUGCUUAUUCCUUCAUUCAUUCCAUCACCCUUCCCUCUUUCCCUAUAUAAACAAUCUCUUCUCCCUCCGCAGCCAAACAUUCCCUAUCCCUUCUUCCCUUCUAAUCUCAAAACCCUACCCUUUUAAUUCUCACCCAUUCCUUCACCUCAACACCUUCAAAACCUUACCCUAACAUUUCUAACUUAUUUUUAUAAUCACUUAUCUCUUCUAUUUUUUAGCAACCCAAUUCAAUUCAAUUUAUCUCAUUCCCCUAAAACACUAUCCCCCACCGCGACCACCUUCUCUGAGAAAAAGCUUCCACCUCUAUCCUUUUUCCGACGACCCAGAUGGCUAUUCCUUGCCCCCAUUUCAUCUCCUCCGCAAAAGCCGCCAUGGAAGCCGGUCUCCUCAUCCCUUCCUCCCCAUCUUCCUCCGUCUCCGUCAUCCUAUCCCAAGACGAUUUGAAGAAAAUCGCCGCCUACAAAGCCGUCGAAUACGUCGAAUCCGGUAUGGUUCUAGGCCUCGGAACCGGUUCAACCGCCAAACACGCCGUCGCCCGAAUCGGGGAGCUUAUCCGUCAGGGAAAACUCAAGAACAUAAUCGGUAUACCCACUUCAACCAUAACCCAUGAACAAGCUGUGUCGCUUGGGAUUCCUCUCUCCGAUCUAGAUUCUCACCCUGUUAUUGAUCUCGCUAUUGAUGGUGCUGAUGAAGUUGAUCCUUAUCUGAAUUUGGUCAAAGGACGUGGUGGGUCACUUUUGAGAGAGAAAAUGGUGGAAGGUGCUUGCAAGAAAUUUGUUUGUAUUGUUGAUGAAUCAAAACUCGUUAACUAUUUGGGUGGUAGUGGUUUAGCUAUGCCUGUUGAAGUUAUUCGCUUUUGUUGGAAAUUCACUGCUGGUAGGCUUCAGAAUCUGUUUGAGGAAUCUGGUUGUGUUGCAAAGCUUAGAACUUCCGGUGAAAAAGGAGAACCUUAUGUUACUGAUAAUGGUAAUUAUAUCGUGGAUUUGUAUUUUAAGAAGAGUAUUGGUGAUUUGAGGGUUGCAAGUGAUGCUAUUUUGAAUAUUGCUGGAGUUGUGGAGCAUGGAAUGUUUUUGGAUAUGGCUACUACUGUUAUUGUUGCAGGUGAACUUGGAUUAACGGUUAAGAGUAAGUAGUCGAGAAUGAAAAAUUUAAGUUUAGUAGAUCAAUAAUUUAGGUUUAAUUAUUGGUCAAGGUUUUGAUAAUUUGAAAUGGGGUUCUAACUUUUUAUAUGGGGUAGUACUGAAGAUAUUUAAUUAGUGAAUCGAUUAGAAGAGUUGGUUCAUGUUUUUGUUUUGUUGGGGAUACUUUCAUAUUAUCCUUAUUGGAUUGAAUUGUUGGAGAAAGUAUCUUUAUUAUCUGCUAGUUUAGUUUAGUUUAGUUUUAUAUUUUGACUUUGAUUUGAGCAAGAAGAAAGAAAAUUGAGACUUGUUGCUAAGCUGAAUUAUUAAGCUUAAAUAAGUUUUGUUGUGUGGUAAUGAGAUAGUUAUCCACGUAAUUUAUUGUUGAAAUCAUGGUGUUUAUCAUAUUGAACUUAUCUAAUUCAAGUUUUGUUCAUUUUU